AUGAUGAUGAUGAUGAUGAUGAUGGUGAAGGUGGGGACCAGCCAAGGCUGUGUGCACAUCAUCGUGGCGCAGACCAAGGACCAUAAGUACACCCUCAGCCAGGCCAGCGGCGUCUUCGCCAGCGUCCCCGAGGUCGUUCACUACUACUCCACCGAGAAGCUGCCGUUCAAGGGCGCCGAGCACAUGGCCCUGCUGCACCCCCUGUGCUCCCCCCCGCUCUUCCCCCUCCGAGACUGGCCCAAACGAUGCCCUUCGUCUCCUGCCCAUCCCCAGCCUCAGCUCCAUCGUCAUCUGCUGCCCAUCCCCAGCCUCACCUCCAUCCUCUCCUGCCCAUCCCCAGCCUCAGCUCCAUCGUCAUCUGCUGCCCAUCCCCAGCCUCACCUCCAUCAUCUCCUGCCCAUCCCCAGCCUCAGCUCCAUCAUCAUCUGCUGCCCAUCCCCAGCCUCAGCUCCAUCAUCAUCUCCUGCCCAUCUCCAGCCUCACCUCCAUCAUUUCCUACCCAUCCUCAACAUCACCUCCACCAUCUCCUACCCAUCCCCAUCCUCACCUCCAUCCUCUCCUGCCCAUCCUCAUCCUCACCUCCAUCCUCUCCUGCCCAUCCCCAGCCUCACCUCCAUCAUCAUCCUCUACCCAUCCCCAUCCUCACCUCCAUCAUCUCCUGCCCAUCCCCAUCCUCACCUCCAUCAUCUCCUGCCCAUCCCCAUCCUCACCUCCAUCAUCAUCUCCUGCCCAUCCCCAUCCUCACCUCCAUCAUCAUCUCCUACCCAUCCCCAUCCUCACCGCCAUCCUCUCCUGCCCAUCCCCAGCCUCACCUCCAUCAUCCUCUCCUGCCCAUCCCCAGCCUCACCUCCAUCAUCAUCUCCUACCCAUCCCCAUCCUCACCUCCAUCCUCUCCUGCCCAUCCCCAGCCUCACCUCCAUCAUCAUCCCCUACCCAUCCCCAUCCUCACCUCCAUCCUCUCCUGCCCAUCCUCAUCCUCACCUCCAUCCUCUCCUGCCCAUCCCCAUCCUCACCUCCAUCCCCCCCUCCCAUCCCGGAGCGUGGAGCAAGCUCCAGCCUCAUGCACCGCAGGAAGGGUUUGGCUCUCUGGGUUGUGUGCCCCCCUCACCCCCCCCCACGCCUCCCAGCCCACUAUGGGGAUACCCUCAGUGAUGUGGGGGCACCCUCAGGGCCCUGGGGGAACUUCCUGGCCGUGGGGGACACCUUCAGGGCCGUGGGGACACCCUUAGUGCCAUGGGGACACCCUUAGUGCCAUGGGGAUACCCUUAGUGCCAUGGGGAUACCUCCUGCCCGUGGGGGCACCCUCAGUGCCAUGGGGGCACCCUCAGUGCUGUGGAGACACUCUCAGGGUCGUGGGGGUGCCCUCAGUGCUGUGGGGAUACCCUCACUGCCAUGGGGGCACCCCCAGUGCCAUGGGGGCACUCCCUGGCCGUGGGGACACCCUCAGAGCUGUGGGGACACCCCCAGUGCCAUGGGGACAUCCUUAGUGCCAUGGGGGCACCCUCAGUGCCAUG